AGUAAAAUGGCUGCCGCAGAGGCCGGGCCCGGGCAGUGUCGGCGGCAGUGGCCGAACCUCCUCCUCCUCCUCUUCUUGUGCUAAAGAGGGGCGGGCGGAAGGCCUAACUUUGCUGUGGAGCCGGGAUUUGCAGUUCCUGCAGACAUGGAAGAGGAGGAGAAUGGACACCCCCCGGUAAGGGAGGAUCCUGCACGAGGUGGGGAGAAGCCGGCCGCUGAACCGUCUCUCGAUGCAGAUUGGGACCAGUCGGGUGCCUUCUGUGCUGGCCAGGUUAUCAUUUUGAAAGCUUUGCAGCAAGCUGUGGGCAGUGGCUUGGCCGCUGAACUGCAAGAUCCAGCCAGCGAAAAAGAUGCUGAACGCAAGCGCACAAGCCGAAGGAAAUGGUGCCGGAGCUCCAGAUCCGAAGGGCUGGGAGGAAGUUGGCUGGGAACAGGGGAUCCUGCGUUGGUCUGUGAUAGGAACCCCCCAAUGGGUGAGGUUUUUGAGCCUCCUCCUGCUGCUGCAGUACCUGCCUUGGCUGGAGUCCUGGAUUACCUGGAAUGGGCACGCCAUUUGCCCCAGGAAGUAGAAAGCUCCUUGGGGACCCAGGUGGUUUAUGGGGAAGAAGAUAUGGAAGAGGUAGAGCUGGUGGCUGAAGUCCGGCUGGGGGACGUUGGUGCCUUGUCGGGCAUCUUUAGGAGAGAUCGGUCCUGGAGGAUGCAGAAAUCUGUCUGCCUUGGAUCAUCCGCACCUUGCUGGAGAGGAAGAAGGGACUGCCCCGUCGGCCGCUCUUCCCUCCCAGAACAGCCCUACCCUCUGGACCCGCACAGAACUCUGCCAGUAAUGGACAAGGGCCCUUGGACUUCUGCUUUAGUCAGGAGUGAGGUUUCGCAGUCCCCCAAAGUAGACAGGACUUCACCUUAUCUGGGCAUGACUCUGGGCACUGGCAUGGGGAUAUCCAAUGGGGGGCAGCAACGCCCACAGGGCGCCACGGGCCGCGAGUCCGAGUCCCAGCAGCGUUCCCAGCCGCCGCCUGCCAACUCCCUGGACAAGGCGGAUUCCAGCACCUCCUCCUCUUCCUCGUCCUGCUCCUCAUCAGCGUCCUCCGUGUCCCGCCAUCAGGGCCUCCCUGGCGAAGGAGGCGGAGGUGGCUCCAUCAACCCCUGCCCUGCCAUGCGCUCCCCAGACUUGGAUAUUUAUGAUCCCUUCCACCCUACUGAUGAGGAUAACCUGAACGGCGACUUCGGCUUUGGUGACUCACCCCACAAAGAGGCAGAGGGUGGCCGGCAUGACCAGAAAUAUGACCCCUUCGACCCCACAGGCUCCAACCCCAGUUCUUCGGCUACCACCCCUUCUCCCGAGGAGGAUGACGACGAUGACGACGAGGAGGAAGACGAUGACCGUGACCAGCCUCCUCCCGACAUGUCCCACAGCAUCAGCCGCAUCUCAGAAACGUUGGCCGGGAUCUACGAUGAGAACAGCUUGAGCCAAGACUUCCCCAGCUCAGACAAAGGGCAAGAGGAUUCGGAGCCCGAAGCGGAACCUGGCAGGGAUUACGAAAGCGAGUCGGCCUGUCCCGCUGAGCCCCCCGAAGGCAAGGAGCCCCCCGGUGCCGAUUCCACGCUGCCCGAGGAGCUUCUUCCUGAACAGUUGGAAUCUAAAGCCCCUGAGCCGCGCCGAAGGGUCUUUGUGGUAGACCUAGCUCCUAAAGGCCGCUUGGAUGCUGAAGCAAAGCCUCAGCUUGAAGGUAAAGUGUCCCUGGAAGUGGUAACGGUCGGGAAUGCCAAGCUAAGGACUGGGGAGAAGGCAUCCAAGGGAAGCGGACAUCACCGGGGUGGACGCCGGUCCUCAAUGGAGUGGGAUGGGAGUGGAGGUGGGGACUCAGAAAUCGAGGAAGGGGAGAUUGUCCAGCCAGAAGAUGAGAGGUACAGCCCCAUCCGACUGUUCCGGAGCAGGUGUCGCCCCGCUGAGCAGCGUACCCUGCGGGUGGUGGAAGGAGAUGACUUCCUGUCAUUACACGCCGACUCAGAUGACGAAGGAGCCUUGCAGAUUGACUUCAGCGAGAGCCAGCCCGACCCACGUUGGAAGGGGGUGGACCUAAGGCGGAAGAUCCUGACUCAGCGCCGAGAACGCUACCACCGAGCCCCGUCCCCCUUGCCGCCACCUCCACCUCCUCCAGCCCCCAAACGUCCCGCUUCCAAGUCCCACUCUGGCUCCAGCUCCGGCUCCUGUAAGAAAUCAAAAAGGGAGCGGAAAAGAUCACGAGAACACAAGGCCUCGAAAUCUAAGGAAUCGUACACCUCUUCGUGGAACCCGAAGAAGAAAUCCAAGUCACGCUCCAAAUCCAAGGAGCGUCGACGCUCGCGCCACAGGGCCUCGCGGUCUCGCUCACACCACCGAACGUCCCGUUCCUGGUCACCCUCCAUCAGCACCAGCUUGUCCGCUGUCGGUUCCUCACACACCUCUGCUGAGCGCCGCAAGAGCAGGCGUUCUAAGUCGAAGGAGAAGAGGCGGGGGCGUCGUUCCCGAUCACGCAGCAGUAGCCGCGCCCAUCGCAGUAGGCACAAAGACAAACACCGAGGGGAUAGCAGCAGGAAGAAGAAGAAACGCUCCCGGUCUCACUCACGUGAGAAACAUCCUUCCCGUCGCUUAUCCAAGGACAAGGAGCGGGAACGAGAAGUCCACCUGUUGGAGGAACCCAAGUCGGAAAAGGUCUUGCUGGAAAGACGGAGAGAUGCACGGACUGUGGUGCCGCCAUCGAUCCAAGACCUCAACGACAAUGACCUCUUCACCAUCAAGAGGACCAUCACGGUGAACCAGCAAGAGAAAAUGGAGAGCCUGCUGGAGACACCGGAAAGAGCGAAGCGAGAAGUGCUGUAUGACUCAGAGGGAAUGAGCUUUGAUGCUUGUUUCUCGGACCGUGAGCCCGCCGAGGAAUCCAAAUCCGGUGGGGCUCGCUCAGGAGCCAAGGAGGAGACAGUCCCCUCCCGUAAGGACAAGCGGCCCGAGGAGGACACAAAGCAGAAGUUGCCCAAGGAGAAAGAGCGCAAGAGGGCCUACCCCGAGGACCGUCCCAGUGCCCGCGACAAGUACAAAAAGAAGCUCAAAGAGGGGCCUCCCUGUUCUGAACAACAGGAAUUGCCCAAGGCGGAAAAGAAAGCCCGACCCGAUCGAGACAAGGCCGGGAAGAAAAUCAAAACUGGAAGUCACAAGGAGAGCGGCAAGCUAGGCUCGGGUCGGAAAGUGAAGCUUCAGUCUAAGGUGGCCGUACUGAUCCGGGAAGGGGUAAGCAGCACCACGUCAGUGAAGGAAGUCGGCUCCAUCGGUGUGAAGUUCAGCCGUGACAGGGAGAGCCGGUCGCCUUUCCUCAAGUCAGAGGAGAAGGUGCUGAUGGUCGGGGCUUCGGCGGCAGGCCAAGGCGAGAUGACGGACAUCAAGGAGCCAGGCUUCAAGCCCAAGAAAGUCAAAGGACUGAAGGCUAAGAUGGGUGUGAAGAAGCUGAAGGGACUCAAGCCAAAAGGUGCCUCGGAGCCCAAGAAAAAGAAGAAGCUCAAGGUGAAGACGGGGCUGAAAAAGUCCAAAGCAGACAGCUGCAGCCAGGGCGCGAGCAGCCCUUUGAGGGUCAAGGAAGAGCCCUCGUGGUCUGGCUCGGAGAAGUCGGAGGGCACCGCCAAGCCUCCGAGCCCUCAGCUGUUGGCUCCCGGCCAGGAGCUCACGCCUGAUUCCCAGACCGUGGACAGCAGCUGCAAGACACCCGAUGUCUCCUUCCUUCCUGAUGACCCCCCAGCUGAGCAGCCCAGCGUGCUAGAGGAUGAGCCCGAAGCAGACAGCUUGUCCGAGACCAAAGAGGAGCAGCCACCACAGCAGCCGCCUCACACUUCGCGCACUUUGCCUCCGCCCUCCGCUCCCAUGUCUUGGAACCUGCAGGGUGGGGUAGACUGCACCAGCGGAGUGUUGGCAUUGACUGCCCUGCUCUUCAAGAUGGAAGAGGCCAACCUUGCAAGCCGGGCUAAAGCCCAGGAGCUUAUUCAAGCAACCAACCAGAUCCUGACCCACACCAAGCCUUCGACCUCCUUGGGGCCUCCCCAACCACCGGCACCGCCCGCCCACCCGCCUGCGUCGCACCUGGCCACGCCACCCGUCUCAUACCUGCUUCAGAGCUCCUUGCCUAUGGGAGGAUGUGGCUCAACGCCCCCCACCCCUACAGGGGUGUUGCCGGGGUCUUUGAGCCAGACUCCGGUAGGCCCUCCCUCGGCUGGCAUCUUUGCUUCCUCGUCGGGCACCGAUCUGGGCAGCACCAGCUCUGAUGGGCGCGGAGACAGUGAUAAGUACCUGAAGAAGCUUCACACCCAAGAGCGGGCUGUGGAGGAGGUGAAACUGGCGAUUAAACCCUAUUACCAGAAAAAGGAGAUCACCAAGGAGGAAUAUAAAGAUAUCCUGCGCAAAGCCGUCCACAAGAUCUGCCACAGCAAGAGUGGAGAAAUCAAUCCAGUCAAGGUGAACAACCUAGUGAAGGCCUACGUCCAGCGAUACAAGUACUUUCGAAAACACGGGCGCAAGAUGGAUGAGGAGCCAGGCUUCCCCAAGGAAAUGGGGGGGUUGGACAAGUCUGGCUUGCCCAUGCCCCCACUCUGAUCUCCUCUGACGUGGAAGAAAUCAAAAUCAAAAUGGGGCCCUUUUAUGCAAAUAGGCUUGGCUGAGCUCCCGAACCCCCCGCCCCGUUACUGUGGGGUGUGGAUGGAAGGGUUGGGAUGACUCGUGUUUUUUUUUUUGUUGUUUGGGAGGGGUGGCAUUUGGAGAAUGCAGUUCUUGUUCAUCUGCUACCUGCCCCUUGACCCCCCUCUCCUUCCCCCCCUCCAACACUUUCAGCUUUUAGCCACAAAAUCGACGUGUGUUUUACCCUGUAAAUACAAGAUGGAAAUGAAUGGGACUAAUUUUUAGUUCCACCGCUCUGGAAUCCCCCACGAUGAAUCGGUGGAUGUUCUUCCUUCUCCCCCCCCCCACCUAGUUUUUACUCAUUUAGCAUGUUUUAAUUUGACGGUUUUAUUCUUGCCCUCCCUCCCCACCUCCAGCAGCUGAGAAAACAGCAGUACCACAACCGGGUGAUAGACGGCAACUUCUUGCCAAGGUUGGGCAACACCCCCUCCCGCAGUUGUAAGUUUGUCUGUCAUACUCUCCCCCACCCUCCUCUUAUUUCCCUUUCUCCUCAUAAAACUGCAUUUAGCCAUCUAAAACCCGGCUCAUCUCUGUGAUCCUUUUAGGCCAGUGUGUUGCGUUGGUUUGGCGGAGGACUUCUUGGCCCUUGUGGGCAGUGAUCGCCCCCCCUCCACCCCUCCCUCCUGCAGAACUCUUCACAGGAAGCCCGAUUGCAUCUGCUGCUUUAAUCCCCCUCCCAAAAGUUUCCUCACAGCUACCAGGUGUUUUGCAAGUG